AAAAAUCAAGGGGUGGCAAUUGCCUUCCCUUGACUCCAUGUGUGUCCGCCCCUGUCCAUUCCAACUAUAAAAAGAGAGUUGUUCACAUUUUAAAGCAAGAAUUUUUUUUUCCAUGGUAGCCUCAACUUCGAUCAAAGAGAAGCAGCGGCCGUCCAAGAAGAGAGGGCCGUGGACGGCGGAGGAGGACCAGAAAAUCACGGCCGCUGUCGCUGUCCACGGCGCCAAGCAGUGGGCCACCAUUGCUGCUAGUUCAGGUUUAUCGCGUGGUGCUAAGAGCUGCAGGGUGAGAUGGAUGAAUUAUCUGAGGCCAAACAUCAUGUCUGAUCAAGAAGAGGACUUGAUCAUCAGGCUGCAUAAACUCCUCGGAAACAGGUGGUCGCUGAUAGCAGCUAGGUUACCUGGUCGAACAGACAAUGAGAUCAAGAAUUAUUGGAAGCAUCAUUUGAGCAAGAAGAGAUUGGAGAAAGGGGUAGUGGUUGCAGGGAUUUCGAGUGAUCAACACAAGGGAACAAGUGUCAGUAGCAAAUCUGUGGAGAUCUCAGUCUCAGAAGCCAAGAUUGAUGAUUUCUUUGAUUUCUCUAAUGAGCAUCCUUCCACUUUGGAAUGGGUCACCAAAUUUCUUGAGUUUGGUGACACUUGAUGUUAAUAUCAUGGAAUUCUACUUGCUUUUCAGGUUUGAAGCCUGUUUC